AUGAGCCACCUUCUUACAACACGGCAAGCUGAGGAGCUCCAAAAAGCUGUCAUAGCAUAUCUCUCCGUUUCGAACCUCCCCAAAACUGCCGCCGCGUUACGAGAAGAGCUGGGCCUGGACGACACGUUCGACGAUGCCACACGGAAAAAGUAUGAGGGGAUACUGGAAAGGAAAUGGACGAGCGUGAUAAUGGACCUCGAAGCCCGCCAAGCCGCCCUCCAAACCGAGCUCGCACAAGCAGCCCCCCUCUCCUCGCGCCGCAACCUUGACCCUACAACCUGGCUCCCCCGAUCCCCCGCACGACACACCCUCCAAUCCCACCGCUCGCCCGUAACCUCGCUCGCCUUCCACCCAAUCUUCACUUCCCUCGCCUCAGGCUCCGAAGACACGACCAUCAAGAUCUGGGACUACGAGCACGGCGAGCUCGAGCGCACCGUAAAAGGGCACACCAAGCCGGUCCUCUCGCUCGACUACGGCGGCCCGCGCGGCGGCACGCUCCUCGCGUCCUGCAGCUCCGACCUCACCGUAAAACUGUGGGACCCCAACGAUGAGUACAAAUGCAUCCGCACGCUCCCCGGGCACGAUCACUCCGUCAGCUGCGUGCGCUUCAUCCCCUCCGGCGCGGCGGGCGCGCCUACCUCCGGGAACCUCCUCGUCUCGGCGAGCCGCGACAAGACGCUGCGCAUCUGGGACGUCACGACGGGCUACUGCGUGCGCACUCUGCGCGGACAUGCAGACUGGGUCCGCGACGUGUGCGCCAGCUUCGACGGGCGCUGGCUGCUGUCCUGCGGCAACGACGCGGCCGCCCGUCUGUGGGAUGGGAGCAGUAACUGGGACUCUAAGACCGCGUUCGGGGGCCACGAGCACGUGGUUGAGUGUUGCGCCUUCGCGCCGCCGGCCGCGUACCCCCUUCUAGCGACGUUGGCAGGGUUGAAGAAGGCGCCCAAGGCGGAGAGUAGUGCCGAGUUUCUCGCUACGGGGAGCAGAGACAAGACGAUCCGGAUCUGGGACGCGCGGGGCACACUGGUUAAGACGCUUGUGGGGCACGACAAUUGGGUUAGGGCGAUUGUGUGGCAUCCGGGCGGGAAGUAUCUGUUGAGUUGCGGGGAUGAUAAGAGUAUCAGGUGUUGGGAUCUGGGGCAGGAGGGGAGGUGUGUCAAGGUGAUCGAGGACGUGCAUGCGCAUUUUGUGAGUGCGAUGAGGUGGGCGCCGGGAGUGGUGAAGGAGGCGCUGCCCGGGGUUAAUGGGGGCGCGGUGGGGGAGAAUGGGGUUAAUGGCUUUAAGAAGGAGGAGUUGGGGGGGAAUGUCACGAUUAGGUGUGUUAUUGCGACGGGGAGUGUCGAUUUGGGGGUUAGAGUGUUUGCUGGGUAG